AUGGAGGUUCCGGCAAUGUCAGAGAAGUUUUCUGACCAAGAAGAGUCACCAUGCCCAAGACAUAUAAGGAUAUCAAUGACCGAUCCCUAUGCAACUGAUUCUUUAAGAGAUGAAGAUGACGACCAUUUUGGACGGUGGCAUGUGAAGAAGUAUGUUAAUGAAAUUAACAUACAAACAUCGUGCAAAACUACAAUGAUGCUUGUCAAUGGGAAGAUGACGACGACAAGAAACAGCCCAUUUGCUCUAGAAUCGAAACAAAAAGCUCUGAAGAAGAAGAGAAGUCCAGCGGGUAACGUUAGGAAGUUCCGAGGAGUCCGGAAAAGACGUUGGGGUAGGUGGGCAGCAAAGAUUAUGGAUCCGGCUACACACCAACGGUUGUGGUUGGGGACAUAUGAUAGUGCUGUUACAAAUUUCGUUAUGCCAACGGUUUUGGAAAACCCACCACUUGAGAAUGUUACAUCAAUUUCCGACCAUCAUCCCAACCUAAAGUCGUUCAAGCUUCCACUUACGGAUGCACCACCUUUGGAUUACCAAUCAUUUGACUCAAUACAACUUGGUGAUGAAGUUGCAUUUUUUAAUAUGCAUCAUGAUUUCGGGUCUAUAGACCCAAACCAAUUUGAUGAUUUUGGUACAAUACCUAUUGUUCAUAACUUCGUUCCUGAUAUUGGACGUGGAUCUCCCUCAACUUUACAAAUAGAUAACUACUUCGAAGAUAUUUCAUAUAGUACUUUAGACUCAUGGUUUUCCUAA